UCCUGCUUAAACAACCCAUUUCCUCUCCCCAGCUGCACCUCUCUCCUCAUCUCUCCAUCUGAGGGCCUAUUUCAGAGUCCUCUGUUUCAAGUUCAACCCAACCAGUGAGAAUGUUACUGCUGCAGGUUCUUAUUGUGACUUCAACAUGGUCUUAUGGAUCUUCGCAAAUAACUCUGAUACAAACUCCAUUGUCUGUCACCAGAGAGGAAACUAAAACUGCACGUAUGGGGUGUAAAAUUCUUGAGAAAAGUUUUAAUUUUAACAGUGCUUAUAUACACUGGUAUCGACAGAGCCCUGGGGAAGCUCCAAAGAGGAUUCUGUAUAUUGGCUCAAGAUCAGCUAUUAUGGAUGAAGGCUUUGAUAAAGAAAAGUUUGAAGCUGAGAAAGUUGAUUCUGCGUCCACCUCUAAUCUCAGAGUACAUCAACUAACCCGAGAGGAUGCUGCUACCUAUUAUUGUGCCACCUGGGAUCGCACAGUACUAAAAAGACAUAGACAACCCAUUUUUGCAAAGGAUUUGCUCACUGUGAUACUUGCUACUACUAGUGGUGUUCUCAUCAAAGUAUUUGGCUCCGGUACCAAGCUCAUUGUAACAGACAUACAAGCAAAACUUGAUUCCACCAAGAUUCAGGUCCUGCCUCCUUUUACUGAACAAGAUGGGAAAGUAUCCUACAUGUGCUUCAUUGAGGAUUUUUACCCAAAUGUUAUUAAGGUGACUUGGGAAGCUGAGAACAAGAAUGAAGAGAAAAAUGGAGUGCACGAGGAAAUUUGGCCCCCUGAUGACAAUCAACAGUCAUACUCAUUGAGCAGCUGGCUGACCAUAGAUAAAGAUAGUAGCAAGAAUUAUAGCUGCAAAUAUCAACAUGAAAUCCAAGGAGGUUUUGUCCCCACCAAAUCUCCAGACAAAUCUGUAGUAUCUCAAACCGCAGAAAGUUGUAUCAACAAACCUGGAAACGGCACCACGCUUUCCACAGGACCCCCAAUGACAAUGAGCAGCUGGCUGACCGUAGACACAAAGAGCAACAAGAAUUAUCGCUUCAAAUAUCAACAUGAAAGCAAAGAAGGUUUUGUCCCCACCAAAUCUCCAGACAAACCUGUAGUGUCUCAAACCACAGGAGGUUGUAGCCAAAAACCUGAAAACGGCACCACGCUUAGCACAGACAUACCAGCAAAACUUGAUUCCACCAAGAUUCAGGCCCUGCCUCCUUCUACUGAAAAACAUGGGAAAGUAUCAUACAUGUGCUUCAUUCAGGAUUUUUACCCAAAUGUUAUUAAGGUGACUUGGGAAGAUGAGAAGAAGAAGAAUGCAGAGAAAAAUGCAGUACAUGAGGAAAUUUGGCCCCCUGGUGACAAUCAACAGUCAUACUCAUUGAGCAGCUGGCUGACCGUAGAUAAAAAUAGCAAUAAGAAUUAUCGCUGCAAAUAUCAACAUGAAAUCAAAGAAGAUUAUGUUCCUAUGGAAUCUCCAGCAGACACCUUUGCAGACACAACUGUAAUCCCUCAAACCACCACAAGUUGUAUCAAGUUUGCUGAGAAUAACACCACGCUUUCCACAGAUAUUAUGGACAGUUACAUACACAGGACGGCGUAUUUCAUAUAUAUUGUCCUACUCCUGAAAAGCACCAUGUACUACAUCAUCGUACUCUUCUUCAUAUACAGGAUGCAAAGUCCAAUCAAGCACCAGGGAAAGAAACCUUAAACUUCUCCAUACACCUUCCAACAUCAGCAUUUGUGUCUGAAAUUUACUUUGUUUUGCCAUAAGACUGAUCAUAUGAAACUAUGGUGACCAGAUAGCAAAGUGUGAAAAAUCGGGAUGGGGAUGGGGGGUAAUAGGCGUCUAUAUAAGGAAAAAAACCCAAAUAUUGGGACUGUUCCUAUAAAAUCGGGACAUCUGGUCACCCACUUUGAAACACCGUGCUCCAAAUAUUAAGACAUGCUUUUCAAUUUGAUUUUGUUGGCUAUUUCUCUAAUUAGCACAGAUGGCUUCUUCUGCUUGAGAGCAAACAGUUUUAUAUGUGACCAUAUUUCCUAUUAUAUUAUUUUAAUUUUGUAACUGUGGAACUUCAAGGGCUGAGGCUACACUCCUUGAUUUCAAUGGGAAUUUUGCAGAAUUUUGUAGUGCAGAAUCAGUCUCUUAGGCUCUUAUCCUGCAAAAACCCUUGUGCACACCGGGUACUUUUUGGAUGUGGAUACCCCAACUGCGUUCAGUGAAAUCAACGGGAAAACUGGUCCCAUAAAUAUUUGCAGGGGUGGAGUACUAAUCUGUAAUUUUAAAUGAUUUAUCAUUUCAUUUCUACUAAUUACAUUUAUUUGCUUUAUAAAACAAAAACAGGCUUC